CGCCAUCUCAUCUCUACGACCAAAAUUCCCCGCAAUAACGACGACCCGGCCAAAAACAUAUUCCCCAUUCAGAAUGGCUUCAGCAUCUAGAAGAGAGCAGCCGGCGUGGACUCCCCCACCAUCUCACGGGGCUCCCCUCCCCCCACUUCAUAUUUACAACUCGCUAACAAGGGAGAAGAACGUGUUUGUUCCUAUCGACCCCAGCGGCAGGAGGAUUACUUGGUACUGCUGUGGGCCUACGGUUUAUGAUGCGGGGCAUUUGGGUCAUGCGCGGAAUUAUGUCACUACGGAUGUCUUGCGGAGGAUAUUGAGGGAUUAUUUCGGGUUCGAUGUGCAAUUUGUCCAGAAUGUCACGGAUGUUGACGAUAAGAUUAUCCUGAGAGCUCGUCAGCAGCAUCUGCUUGAGGAAUUUAUUUCUCGGAAUUCGUCUAUUACUCCGGAAGUUGCGUCUACCGUGUCUACAGCUUGGACUGCUUACCUAAAGAAGAAUACGGCAGCCGGUGACGAUGUGACUCCCGAGAAUUUUGAAACUUGGGCCGUGGGUGCUCAAAAAGAGAUUAUGAUGAUCCUGGACGAAAAGACUACAAAUGCUACAUCUUCAAUCCUACUUCCCUACCUGGACUCACUAAACCAAGGUCGGGAAUACCCCCCUGAGGUAUUUAGCAAGCUUACCAGUUACUGGGAGAAUCAUUUUAACGAAGACAUGGCAACACUCAAUGUCCUCCCUCCCACAACGGUUACUCGUGUGAGCGAGUUCAUUCCCGAGAACGUGGCAUUUGUAAAGAAGCUCGUCGAUAGAGGAUUUGCGUAUCCUACAGCAGACGGGUCAUCCUUGAUCGCAGAUGGUGAGGCCAGCAAGAAGACACCACAAGAUUUUGCUCUGUGGAAGGCAUUUAAGGCAGAGAAGCCAGGAGAACCAAGCUGGGACAGUCCGUGGGGCAAGGGACGACCUGGAUGGCAUAUCGAGUGCUCGGUAAUGUGCUCGGAAGUCUUGGGUGGUCAAGUCGAUAUUCAUUCUGGGGGAAUUGACCUUGCGUUCCCGCACCAUGACAAUGAGAUUGCCCAGAGUGAGGCGUACUGGGAUGGAUGCUGCGACACCCCCAAAACCGCUGACGGAAAGCACCAAUGGGUAAACUAUUUCCUCCACAUGGGCCACCUAUCAAUCCACGGUAGUAAAAUGUCCAAGAGUUUAAAGAACUUUGUUUCCAUCCGCGAUGCACUCACCCGCGGGGGGUGGACCCCGCGAGGGCUUCGAGUCGUCUUCCUAUUAGGCGGGUGGAGAGACGGCAUUGAAGUUCGGGAGGGGGUCCUAAUGGAAGCUAAGAGCUGGGAGACCACGGUAGCAAAGUUCUUCUCCAACGUGAAGGCACUGAUAGCGGAGGAAGAAGAAGAGGAGAAGAAGGGGAACCGAGCCAAGCAGCUAUUUGGACCUUUGGAGCAUGCUAUAUAUAAAGACCUUGACACCGCCCGCCAAAACCUCCACACCGCCUUGUGCGAUAGUUUUAACACCCCCACCGCAAUGAAAGCCCUGACCGACCUAAUCGGCUCGACGAACAAAUACAUGUCCCGGACCAAAUCCCUGGCAGCUGUCAAGGAAAUUGCCAGGUGGGUCACACGAAUCGUGACAAUAUUCGGCCUAGAUUCAACCAGCACCCCAAACGGCUCUGAUCGUAUUGGCUGGGCCGACUCUGCCACCUCCUCCACAGGUGCGGAAGACAUCUUACUACCAUACCUCCGCACCCUCUCCACGUUUCGCGACAACGUCCGCACCCUCGCCAUCUCGAGCCCCAAAGAUACCAUCUCGAAGGAUAUUCUACUGCUCUCCGACCGCCUCCGCGAUCACGAUUUGGCAAGUUUGGGCGUUGCGCUCGACGACAGAGAGUCAGCCAAAGGCGCGCCGGCACUUAUUAAAUUCGUCCCGGCGGAGGAACUCAUAGCGGCGCGGGAAGAAAAGGAACGCCGCGCUGCGGAGAAAGAGAGGAAGAAGGAAGAGGCAAGGCUUAAGAAGGAAGAGGAAGAUAGAAAGAAAGAGGAAUUGGCGAAAGUCAACCACUUGGAAAUGUUCAAGACGGACGGUGAAUUCUCGGAGUGGGAUGACCAAGGGAUACCUACAAAGGAUAAGGAGGGGGUGGAAGUUACAAAGAGUAGGAGGAAAGUACUGGUUAAGCUCUGGGAGAAGCAGAGGAAGUUGCAUGAGGGGUGGUCGAAGGCAAAGAGCGGCACGGCUUGA